AAACGUUGACUUAAGAUAAAUAAAACAAGCCUUUCGAGUUCUUUGAUAAAUUUAAUACACUCUAGAGGGCAACUUCACAUAACCUAAAAGUUUAUUAUAAAAAAAACAUUUCAAGUUUAUUAAUGUAUAAUAGAUUAUAGUUUCUUAAUUGCAUUUUUAACUUGAACAUGCCAUAUAUAGACUGUUAGUGCGUUCAACAUUUAAUAGUUAAACUUGUAUAUAUAUUAUGGGACAUUAAUGUGAUUUAGAAUGUUAGUGUAGAGCAGUGUCUAGGUUCCUAACAAAAUAUUUAUUACGAAAUUUAAGAGAUAAACGAACUGUUUCUGACACCGAAAUUAAUAUUAAUUUUACUAUGAACGAGUGGUAAACGUGAAGAUGAUUAAAAUAAACCGAAAACUUUUACCCAUAAAGGCCCAUUACUUUUUUUUCAUGGCAGCGAUGGGUCCGGUACUUCCUCAAUUACCGGUUCUUGGUAAGGAACUGGGCGUUUCUUCCAUGGUAAUUGGUACUAUAACGGGAAUAUUACCCAUAAUAUUUCUAAUCGCCAAACCUGUUUUCGGAUUGAUCGUAGAUAUAUUGAGAAACCAUCGGAAAAGUAUAUUCAUGGGUCUUAUUUUAAUCAUGACAGUUUGUUUUGCCCUUUUGGGUUACGUACCUCCGCAACCUAGUUUGACAUUCGACGUACGAAACGUCAACGGAAACGUUUUGGAAGAAUGUACGUCAUCGGACGUACUAGACGAAACAAAAUGCGAUAAUCAAAUUAAACGGAUAUUAUGUAGUUCGAAAUGUUUUAUUUUACCGAUGUCGUUUCUCGUAAAUUUAACUGAUACUAAUCCGAAUAUAACUGAAUCGAAUUUGUGUAAAAUGAGUAACGAGACCGUAUCAAACGAUUGCGAUUUAAUUUGUCAUCAAGAUUUCGAAAACGGACACAAUUGUUUAUACAAAAAGUUCACAUUUUGGGCUUUCGUCGUUCUGAUGUCGAUCGGUUCGAUCGGAUUCAACGUUGUCAAUUCGAUAAGCGACGCCAUAUGCUUUGACGUCAUCGGACAAGAUUUCGAUUAUGGUAAACAAAGAGUAUGGGGUACGAUCGGAUACGGAUGUUCCGCGUUGAUAGCUGGAUACGCAGUCGAUUAUUUUUCUGGAACGUCCAUUACCUACACCCCGGCUUUGUUCGUGAUGAUCGUUUGUUCCGUUUUUGAUUUGUUAGCUUGUAUUAAACUCAAGCUACCGAUAAUGGAGGCCUCGGACAACAUUUUUAAGGAUCUGAAAAAUUUGAUGAAGGACAAACGAGUCGUUGUGUUUCUUAUUUUUGCCGUUUUUUCGGGAAUCGUCGAUAGUUUCGUAGUUUAUUAUUUAUUCUGGUAUUUGGAGGAUUUAGCUCAAAUGUCUCGAACUGGUAAUAUCAAAUUAUUAGAGGGAGUUAUCGUAGCUGCCGAAACUUUAGGGGGAGAAGUUAUUUUUUUCUCCAUAUCGGGAAUGAUUUUGAAACGGUUCGGGCACGUUCACUGUUUCAGUAUGUGUUUUAUCAACUACGCCCUUCGUUUAGGUCUAAUAUCGAUCGUACCUUCCCCUUGGUGGAUAGUACCGAUAGAAAUCGUUUUCCAAGGGCCUACUUACGCUCUCACGUACACCACUAUCGUGGCGUACGCCAACGAAUUAGCUCCACCCGGAGCGUCGGCUACUAUGCAAGGAAUAGCCGCUGGUAUGGACGACGGCUUCGGUUACGCCGUUGGAAGUUUCAUGGGAGGAUUGCUAUAUAAAUAUUUGGGUGGGAAAUGUACAUUACAAAUAUUUAGUCUGAUUGCUUUGGUUUGCAGUAUUGUACAUUUGAUACUGCACAAAACGAUAUUGAAACCAGUUGAAUCGACGAAAGACUACGAGUAUAAAUCUCCCGAAGAAGCGAUCGCGACUACAUUGGAAAAUUAUCGUAUCUAAUGUAAUUUUUAACCUUAUCUGAUUAUUUUUUUAUUAAACAAUAUAUUUUAUA